AUGAGGAGGGAGGAGGGUGAGGAUGAGGACUAGGAGGAGGGUGAGGAUGAGGAUAAAGAGGUUGAGGACGAAGAGAACGAGGAUAAGGACAAGGAGGACGAGGACAAGGAGCAGGCGGACAAGCAGAUGAGGAGGACAACAAGGCCGAGGAGGAGGCCGAGGAGGAAGGCGCCUGGUCGCCGCGGCCCUCGCGCUUACCGUCGUCGUGGCGGGGCUCGUGCGCAUCCAGAGCCCCCCAUGCAUGAACUCGAGGUGGCGGCUCCCGCAUAA